AUGAAACAAAAGUACUUUCCCGAAUUGAAGUAUUCCCUACCGACGAACAAUGACGAUGUCCGUUCGGUUUCAUACGAGAAUCAAUCGUGGCUUCUUCUUGGAUUAAAACAAAGGGGUUUUGGUCAGGGUCGAUGGAAUGGGUUUGGUGGUAAGGUGCAGUCGGACGAUCGGAGUCCGAAACACGCCGCGUUACGCGAGUUGCAAGAAGAAUCUGGUUUGGAAGUUUCCAUGGAUCAAGUGGAAGAAGUUGGUCGUUUGUGGUUCACUUUUGAUGGAAAAGAGGAGUGCAUGGAAGUGCAUCUUUUCAUGUGUCGCGAUUGGAAACCGUCAGUGGCGGGGAAUACCUCGUGGCCCUGUCACACAGAGGAGAUGCACCCAUGCUGGUUUCCCAUUGGUCAAAUGGCUCCGAACAGAGAGAAACCAUCCUGCCUGGAUUUGUCCCGGAUCCCGUUCAAAAAUAUGUGGCCGGACGAUCGGAUUUGGCUGCAUCGUGUGCUGUCCAACGAUCAGGUUCUCGGUUGGGUACACUGUGUUCCACUCUCGUCAACUGAGGCGGCCAAAUCUGGUUUACUCGCGGACUGUGCCACGGAGACCAAUGGGUUAUCAAUAAGCCCGUUCGAAAUUCCAGUUUAUCGACUUCAACUUUUUCCGAAUCAGUAUGAAACGGAUAACGUUGCGGAACGAUUGAGAUUGAUCGAAUCGGUCACAGAUCAAUUGGGCUUUGUUUCCAACGUCCGUUUACGUGACUGGAUGAAAUCGGGUGUCGAUGAGGAGAGUACUUGGCGAUCGAAAAUGAUCGUUUUCGAAUGA